CCUUCAUUUGCUCUCCAAGGGGUCUCUGCCUCAGUGCGUAAAGUUGGGACGGGGCUCCGGACGCACUGCGCAGCACUUAUUAUCCCACUGGCUCCAUGUGCGUCACCUAUGCGGGAUACUCGACGAGGAGUUCUGAAAUUUUAAUACCACCACCCGCGCGCGUCACUGACAGAUGAACACGUUGGGCGUGUUGCUGAUGUGAAGGCGCGUUUUCCCUGGAACAGAGCAUCUGUCCCGGAGCGCAGAGGGGACAUGGGUCAACUUUAUGGUGCGACUCUUUUACCAUUUGGCGCUAUCUGUGUUGUUUUCCUGUGGGAAUCUGGUGCCAGCUCUAUCAGGGAGACGCUUGCAGUCGACACCUCGAGAACGGAGUGUCCAGAUGAUAAGAUCGUGACCGUGGAGUAUCCCUGUGUCAGAGCUGGGGGGAAGAACAGCACUUGUUUCAGGAGGAAAUGCUGUGACGGAUUCCGCUUCGUGAUGGGCCAGUGCAUACCUGAAAGUGUGGAUGUGUGUGCAGCGUCGCCCUGUGAGCAGCAGUGCACCGAUAACUUUGGGCGAGUUGUCUGCACAUGUUACUCCGGCUAUCGCUUCGACCGAGAUCGGCACCGCAACCACAAGUCUCCUUACUGUCUGGACAUUGAUGAGUGUGAGCACCUGGGCAGCAGCACGUGUGACCACGAGUGUGUGAACACAGUGGGCAGCUUCCUGUGUCGCUGUCACAGCGGCUACAUCCUCGCACCGGACCAACGCUCCUGCAUCCCCGUACACAACUUGAGUUCACCUGGGAAGUCAGACACGCUGAUGAGUGCUGGUACCUGCUCCUUCACCUGUGAGGAUUUUAUGAAUAUGAAAAACAGUCUGCUGCAGCUCAAACUAAGGCUGGGCAACACACCGUCACCCAACCAGGUAUCUGACUUGGACAACAGCAGUGACAAGCCGUCUCUGGGCAGGGCCGUAAAAAGUCCAGAUAGCCCUUGUCUUCCUGGUCUACCCGGUCCUCCAGGAGCUCCUGGGGUCCCAGGACACCCAGGAGAACCGGGAAAGAGAGGGGACCCAGGGGACAGGGGCCUGCCUGGUCCACGGGGAGACAUGGGACCCAUGGGUCCACAGCCUGACCUGAAGCAUGUGAAAAGAGGCCGCAGGGGGCCUGUGGGACCCCCCGGGGCCACAGGAAGAGAUGGACUAAAGGGUGACAGAGGAGCUCCGGGUCCCGUAGGUCCAUCCGGACCGCCCGGCUCCUUCGACUUCCUCCUGCUGAUGAUGGCUGACAUCCGCAAUGACAUCAUUGAACUGCAGGAGAAGGUGUUCGGGGAGAGGCGGGGCAUCUUCUUGGACAGCCCUCCCCAUUCCAACGGGGAAAUGGAUUUUGUGGAGUGGGGCUCUGGUCAAGGAGAUAUUCUGCUCAGCACCUGACCCCUUUUUUGACCCCCAUCCCUCCUCAAAAACUCCACUCUUUUGUUUCCCCAUUGCUGAAGGAUGGCGGCGUUCAAGGGGCCGACAUGUAAAUAGGCCUCAACCACACAGUCGGUUUGAACUGGGCGAGGAGCCUCGAUCACAUUCUCGACACUGCCACGGACAGUGAAACGGAAAGAUGCAAGGACUAUUCAAACAAACCGAAAUUAGACGCUCUCAGACACUGCCAGUGCAUCUGCCUUUCCCGUGCGGCGGUGUGAGCGAUGUGUGUGCAGCACAUAUAAAGAGAGAGAGAUGCUCUGCUGCCUCCGACGGUUUGUCCACAAGGCGUUGGGACAAAGACCCCCCCCCCCCCCCCCGCCCCAUGCACCGAUACCUGCAGCCUCCAGCCCUCGAGUCUGAGCUCUGCAGCCCCUCUGCACUCUGAGGGAUCUUCAGGCGCUGAUUCAUGAGAUUCAUGAGAGUAUUACCAACCCACUGUUGGACAAAGACAGCUAUGUCUGAUGUAUUUUUCUUUUUUUAUUGUACAAUUAAAUGACUGAAGUUGUAAUAUGUUAACAAAAACGCAAAAGUUCAUCUGUUAUAUAAUCAUUGGAAACAUGAGUUUAUGGUCUCAAUCUCUAGUUUCAAGUCUCCUUCAAUACAGCGUGAUGUUUAUUUAGUAAAUCAUGGUCCAUUUAGAGUCAAAUAGACCAUAAAAGCUUUGUGGCCUUUUUUACCUUGUGAUUGACAGGUCGCUACCGCGAUGUAGUCCGGUCUGGAAGGUGUCUGUGUACUCCUCGUACAACUUUAACACUUUCACUGUGUGUUUUCACUUGUUACAUUCUGGUCACCUCAAAAUUACGUUAAGGCCAACAUUUAGGGCGGACCUACUGUCAACGGGCUUGAGGGCUCAGUUGCAGACAUGUUGAGCCCUUCAUGAACCCUUUCUGUUAAGUCCAUUAUAUCUGAAGAUUUUGCCUGAUGGAAUUACCCACAAUUCAUAGCAAUGUGUCAUUCAAAACAGGGUUACCAGAGGAUGCAUGGAGUGUAACAAAAGUAAACAAAGAGGACAUCAGUGUUCAGCCUGGAAAAUCACAUUUACUCAGAAACAUUGAGGAUUGAAGAUAGAACAUACAAAACACAUCAUUUCAAGAGAAUGCAAGCAGAGUUAUAUAUGACAGAUUUAUUCAUCAAACAUUUAAUUUAGUUAAUGAAGCUGUUUUGACAAAAACAAGUAAAUAGAUUAUUUGAAAUUACCGCUCAUCUCGUGAAGAAAGAGCCUGGAUGACGUUCAAAUUAGGGAGUAAAAAGUUUAAAUAAAUAUCCACAAGUGUACAUAUUUUCAUUGGUGCAAAAGUCAAGCUGGUGACCGCCAAAAUGCCAAAUUCAAGGGUUCAAAACUUCCCUCCACAAACCAAUGAGUGACAUCAGGGUGAUUCUGUCCCCAUCUUUUCUACAGUCGAUGGGCCAGAGUGCGAAAGCUUAGGCUACUAAUUAACUCAUUGAAUCUUUUUUUGCAUUUUCCUGACAAAAACCCUUCAGAGGAGCUUUAGUUUCAGCUCAGAGCCGCACACAUGUAUUGUUUGUGGAACCUUCGUCUGCUCUCCUGCAACCUGUGUGAAGCCUGUUCACCAGCAGAGAGUGCUAAGUGGCAGGCCCACUGCACCACUCUGAACACCGACCAGGUGAGGCAACCAAAGCAUUACAUCACAUACAGCAUUACUCUUUCAAAAAGAGUCAUAGUUUCCCAAACACGCAUGUUUUUGUAAAAAUCCAUAAAUCAUCUUCGAGUUUUUACACAUGAACACCCUCCCCUCCCUCCCCCGCUCAUUAUCCUCAGCACUGUUGAACUGUAGCGUGGCAGAGUGUCAUUAUAGAAAGGUGUAAGUAUCAGAGGUGAGAGGUCAGAUGCCUAGGUAUAAACAGCUGGAGGGAUGAUUAUAGACCACAGGCUGUCAAAGAGGGGGCCUGUCUGGGCUUGUACCCACCACCAGAGAGAGGGCUGGAAAAUAACACACGCUGAGUGAUUGAUCUGCUGAGCGAGAGUUCACCCUGUCUCCCUUUUCUUUUUCUUGUUUUGCAUUGUUUGAUGCUUUGAUCCUGAGGAGCAGAUCCCCGUGAAUUCUGCUGAGAAAGAGUGUGUGUGUGUGUGUGUGUGUGUGUGCGUGCGUGCGUGUUCGUGUGUGUCUUUGCACUGAUACAUUCAUGCAUAGAUAAAUAUCCACUGUGUGUAUUUGAAUGUGUAUCCAUCUACUUAUAUUAGUGUGUGUGUGUGUGUGUCUUUGCACUGAUACAUUUAUGUUUAGAUAUCCACUGUGUGUAUACUGUGUGUAUUGCAUAAAUAGAUAUCCACUGUGUGUAUUUUAAUGUGUAUCCAUAUACUUAUAUUAAAGUGUGUGUUCGUG